AACAACAGGCCAUGGCAGGGAAUGAAAGAGAAACAGUGCGUAUUCGAUAAAAGCUCUUUCUUAUCACUGUCGUUGCGAGGGACGCGGUCGUGACCACGCAAGGCUCGCCGUAGGAAUGCAAAAAUAAAAACACGACCAGCUUCGGCGCGGUUCGGAAUAUUGAUAUUUUCGGGAUUAGAAAAAGAAAACGAGGAAUUCCGUAUAUUUGUGGAUACCAUAAUAUUAUAACGCCUAUUUCCAGAUCUGCAUCGGAUGGUUCGACAAAUCGAGACAGUAUUUAUAAAGAACACGUAUCUACAUCCUGUGUUGAAAUAGGAAACCACACAGAAGAACGUUUACCUGACUCUGCUUCACUGACCUGGUCAAAUGUUAUAACGUAAAUAGCCGAGUCCAUGGGUUGCGGCUCGUCCUCGGAAGGGGGCGCCAGCAGUCCCGCAAAGACUUCCGGUCAAAAGGCAGGAGGUAAAACAGGGGCAGCAAACAACAACAACAACAACAACAAGGGUGGAAAGGGGUCCAAGUAUGAGACACAGAGCAACAACACGGCGAGCGACACCACGGAGCAGAAGGAGGCCAAUGACAAAGGUUACAAGAAACGGCUAAGAGAGAAGCUGCGAACUGCGACUGCCGGACAUGAGAUAGAUGUCCUUGAGAAGACGAUAAGUCAGUUUGAGCGAGCUCGCCUCGAGGACUGUGGGGACUACACUAAAGCACAGAACAGACUGCGCUACCUGAAGCUGCGAAGAGAUUCAUGUUUCGAAUUCAAACCUAACACGGUUCAGAAUAUACUUCUCUAA